AUGGCGCUCUUCGAGUGCAACUGUCCCAACAGUCUGACCUGCUGUUCUCACCUCUAUGCUGGGGUCGUGGCGUUGCCUCAGUAUCGCCACCGUGCUGCCUUGCUCUGGGCCAUGCGUCAGGAUCUUGGUUUCCGUGCGGGGGGCCACGACUUUGAGCAAGUGAGCAAUGGACCGAGGGGAGGAUUUGAGGCGGCACGGCGACGGCUGAAGGCCGCGCUCCUGAAACGCCUGAACCUCGAGGAGUUGGCCGACGGCGCAUUGGACGCCUCGCUGGGGCUGUGGGCUCGCGUCGAGUGGCUUCGCUUAGGCCAAAAACCCAAACUGGAGAAAUACUGGCUGGACACCAUCGAGAAGAGCCUGAACGCAGGGAUCGUUUCUACGGAACCGGGUCGAUCCUUUCAGGAGCGGUUGAAGCAGUUGCUGGACAAGCUGCAUAUGAAGGAAUCAGAAUUGGCACCACUGCUUCUGGCGCUGGCCCACGGGCACCAUGACGACACCAGGUCAGCCCGCUGGGCGAAAGUGGCAGAGAAGUUCUGGUCACAACUGGUGGAGGUGCCAAAGAAAGAGGAGGAAAAGAAGAAAGGCUCCCACAGCGAAGCUGAGCUGCGGCUGGCUGCGGUGUCCGCUGUGCUGGAGGUUUCCAAAGAUCCCGGCUGGUCAGACCUGACCGCAGCGGAGAAGUUUUGGUGCUGCGAGCAACGUCUUCUCUUGGAUUUGAAGGCCCCCUCCGUGUCGGAAAUGAAGGUGCCAAAGGCAGGGUCCAAGGAGCUUUACAAGAGCUUUGUUGAGUUGAUAGCGGAGUGGGAUGAGGCUCCACCAGAAUUGCGCAUGUCGGGCGGCACCCAAAGUGGAUUCGCCGCUGAGUUCAUCGAGCGGGAGGCAGCGAUGCUUCUCUCCGAGUUGGGCGGAUCGGUGACGCACGAUCCAGACCUUGCCGAGGACGCCUUGCGUCAGCUACUGAAGCACCACUUUUGCCAUGGCGAGGACUCCGAUUGGUCAGCACCGGCCAAGCGCAGUUUGGAAGGCAUCAGUGAGCAGGACACGGCGCCGGCGGUUUUAACGGCCCUGGGAGCAUCAUGGCCAUGGCAUACGGUGACCGAUGUGCAGGCCACAGCUUUGGGAGCACUUGCAGCUGCUGAGGGAUGGGAAGAGGUCGCAUCGAGAGCCGUGCAGGUGGCUCCUUCCAUGGCGGAGCUUCGGCAGUGGCUACAUUGGGACGUGAUCUUUCAGCUGCCGCUGGGACCCUUGCGAGAUUUCCUCCAGCGUGCGGCGCCGCGCCUGGGUCUGGGCGUUUUCGAGCUGCCGGGGCUGCGCUUUCUGAAGUUGGACCUCUCCAAAGGCACCUGCGAGGCCUUCGAAGCGGCCUUGCUGUCCAUGGAAGCCACCGAUGCCGCAGAGGCCAUGUUGGCGUUUUUGCACAGUUCCGGCGGGAUGAGACAACAUCCAUUGGAGGCGCUGAAGCCCAGUUAUCGCAAGGUGGCUGAGCAGCUAAAAGAGGCGUUCGCCACAGUGGCUGGACACUUGUUGUCCAAGCUUCCAGAGCCAUUCCACCUGAACUUGGAGGUGAUCCAGAUGAUCUUGGAGCCUUUCCAAUCCAACGAGACACUUCUGGCCAUCUUUGCCCAGGCUGCUGGGCCAGCUGGCGAACAUGCAGCAUUAAUGGCGAAUGCCGGGGGGCCCGUUGUUGCAUGGACGCGGGCGUUUUGGACUCCGGACGGUCACCAAAUCGUUUUUUGGGGUCAAUGA